UCACUGGAAAGACUACUUUGACCUAUCCUGGAUAAUCACAGAGCAUUAAUAAACAUUGCUCGGAAAUCAUCGACUUGCACACAAAUGAUUUGGUUUAAACCUGUGAUAUUUAUGAAAAAACUAAACGGAAAUUGUGCGAAUCGGCGAAUCGUGCGCAUUCAAAAUGUCUAUGCGCUUGAGUAACUAACUUGAAUAAUUCAAAAAUACUCGAUCAAACAAGAAGAGAUAAAGGAGAAAUUUGAUGUUUGAUUGUCAACUAUUGGUUUGACAAUUGUUUGUCAAAUGUCAGAAUGUCAGAAUGCUUUGCAAUUCCGAACAAACAACAAACCACGCGCGUUCUGUGUUUAUCAUCGUUGAAGCGUUUAUGUUUAAUAAAGUUUUAGGAAGAUAAUGGAAACCACUGUUUGUUUAUUGUGUUUAAAGCACAAAGAGCGCCUGAAAGUGUCUAGCACAGCAUUCGAAACAGACGUCAUCAAUACCAUCACGCUGCACUUCUGGUUUACCAAUGAAGUCGCACAGAAGCACUUCGUUUGUAACGAUUGCUGGAAACAACUGGACGAGUUUGAUAAGUUUUACAAGGAAGUAGAGUUGACACAUGAGACGACGUAUUGCAUCGAAGUUGCUGUAGAAUGCCCUAAAUCAUCAACCAAUGUUCAGGAAGUGUACUGGGAUGAUGGGUCUGAUGCGGACGACAUAGAUGAAAAAAUCGAAAGAAUAUUCGAUGUUGUGCAAGAACAGCACCAGAAGAAAUCAUGUGUCGAUGAUUUAUCAGAAAAGGAUGACAUGGAUGCUUUUGAUGCUAAACAGAAUGGCACGUGUAAUGAAGUUCACGAAGGCACCAUGUUAAAGGAAUUUGCAUCUAUUGAUGUAAUCGAUGCGCUUGACGAAGGACAUUCGUACCCAGAGCAUUCGUUUGGCCUGUCUGAUAUCGAGGAUGAGCCAUCAGACACCGAAAUCGGAAUAUCACUUGCAGCACAUAAUAAAAUCCUGAGCAAACAAUGUGAAACUCCGGCGUUAACUCCGGUUCCGGAAAACACAUCCUACAAAUGCCAAUCGUGCGAUACAAUUUUUGUGAAACAAUAUCAGCUCAAUGCCCACGAACAAUUUUGCAAACGUUACAAGUGCGUAGAUUGCGAGCAUAUUUUCUCCGAUUUAAAACAACUAAUUUCUCACCGAAAACAACAUAAAGCAACCAAGAGAGGCAGUCCAGAACAGGGCGGACAAGCUCAUCAAUGUACAGAGUGCUCAAAAAGUUUUCCAACCGAGGAGGCUGUGGAUAGGCACAUCGCCUACGUGCAUUAUCCUGAAAAUUUUUUCAUGUGCGAUAUUUGUGCAAAAUCUUUCAAAAAAAAAUCAGAUUAUAAUAUCCAUAAAAGACGAGUACAUUUGAAGGAGUAUAUUUCCGUGGAGUGUAAAAUAUGUAAAAAGUGGCUGAAGGAUGUUACUUACUUAAACGUGCACAUCAGAAAAUGUCAUAAAACCAAGAACUACACUUGUGAUACAUGUGGUAAGGUAUUCUCGACAAACUGCAGUCUUAAAUAUCACGUAAAAAAUGCCCAUAUUAUAAAGGAAACAUUUGUGUGCAGCACCUGCGGGAAGUAUCUUUCCAGUAAAAACAGUUUAAAGGAACAUUGUGCUACGCAUACCGGCGAUUAUCUGUAUACCUGUCCGUACUGUCCAAAAAAAUUCAAUUCAAGUGCUAAUCGGUUUGUGCACAAGAAAAAGAUGCAUAAUUUGGAGUGGCAAAAAGAACGUGAGCAGCGCCAGAAUCGAUACAAGCCAGGUCAUACUGUAAGAAGGUCUGGCAACGAAACAAUGGAAACGCUUUGAAGAAUUGACGCAGCCAUGAUUUCUGGAUCUGGAUCUAUUAACAACGAGGGAGUGGCCAAAUUGUUCGCCACACGCUUUGCUCAAGUGUUCGUGGUGACGAUAGUCGUUCCGCCGAUAGUUUACACAAUCGCCGAUAGUACACAAUCGUUUCCUGCUUGAUCUGUAAAUCUUGGAUUCAUUUUUUCUACGUUGAAUUACAGGAA